CCUGGCAGGGCGGGAACUUCAGGGCAGGGGAGCCAGCCCCUUGGCCCAGGCGCCCUGGAACGCGGGGGUGCAGCCUGUCCCGGCUGGGACUGCCGUCGGCCUCCCGAGCUUUACUAGAUUUGUCCUGAAUCAUUCUAUGGUGCAUUGCUUGGGGAUUUAAAAACCAGGACAAUUGGAGAAUGCUUUGUUCCUGAGAGAUUAGUUAAACACUGUGAGUCUCCAACCCACACUGUGUUUUGCCAAUCGUGAGAAGUCACAAAACUGGAAAUAGUCAACAGCAUUCAAGGAAAAUUAAUGCAAUAAUUAGGUCUCCAGACUUAGUGUCUGUCCCUGGGAGGCCGGGUGGAGGGAAGACCCAGGACAAUGGCUGCUGAUCGCGAUUUGGAGAUAGAGGAUGUGACUCUGAAUUUGGAUGGAGACAUGAAAGGAGAGCUGGAAGAAGAGAAGGAAAUGCGAGAGGAUGGGGGAGGUAAAGAUCCCUUCAAGAAUAAAAAGGUCCACAGGGUUGUCUCAAAAUGGAUGCUUCCUGAAAAGGUUCGAAGAACAUACUUGGAGAGAGCUAACUGCCUCCCACCCCCUGUGUUCAUCAUCUCCAUCAGCAUUGCUGAGCUGGCAGUGUUUAUUUACUAUGCUGUGUGGAAGCCUCAGAAACAGUGGAUCACCCUGGACACAGGCAUCCUGGAGAGUCCCUUUAUCUACAGUCCUGAGAAGAGGGAGGAAGCCUGGAGGUUUAUCUCCUAUAUGCUGGUGCAUGCUGGAGUUCAGCACAUCCUGGGGAAUCUUGUUAUGCAGCUCAUGUUGGGUAUUCCCUUGGAAAUGGUCCACAAAGGCCUCCGAGUAGGGCUGGUGUACCUGGCUGGAGUGAUUGCAGGGUCCCUUGCCAGCUCCAUUUUUGACCCACUCAGAUAUCUUGUGGGUGCUUCAGGAGGAGUCUAUGCUCUGAUGGGAGGCUAUUUUAUGAAUGUUCUAGUGAAUUUUCGAGAAAUGAUCCCUGCCUUUGGAAUUGUCAGACUCCUGAUCAUCAUCCUCAUAAUUGUGUCGGAUAUGGGAUUUGCUCUCUACAGAAGGUUCUUUGUCCCUGCAAAUGGGUCACCGGUGUCUUUUGCAGCCCACAUUGCGGGUGGAUUCGCUGGAAUGUCCAUAGGUUACACUGUGUUUAGCUGCUUUGAUAAGGCACUGCUGAAGGACCCAAGAUUUUGGAUAGCAAUUGCAGCUUAUUCAGCGUGUGUCUUAUUUGCUGUGUUUUUCAACAUUUUCCUGUCCCCAGCAAACUGACCUGCCUCUAGUCUAAGCCAAAUAAUGAAAAGAGCUAUCUGGGAAAAAAAACUGAAGUCUACGAAGAGACAGAGAAGUCCUUGCAAAUGCUAACAAUUUUAUAAAGAGGUCAAAACAUGAUUCAAGUCAUCAGUUGCAAAGACUGUUUACAAAGGAAUCAGGGUUAGGGAAGGGGCUUCUGAAUGCCGAGGGAGGGAAAAGGAAGAGAGAAAAGGGGAGGGACAGAAAAAGCAGGGGUAGGCUCUUUCCAGACAUGCGGUGUGCAUUGUAUGUAUCCUCUAAAAGAGACUUGGUCUCCUUGGAGGAUAUGUUGCAGAGACUGCUUGAUAUAAUCCACAAAUACUGUACUGUGCUGAUAAUAAAAACUUUUCAUACCUGU